UGAAACAUUACAUCGCAAUAUGCAAUGUUGCAACGUUGCAGCAAUGUUGCUGCAAGCUUUUGUGCUGUAUGGGUCAUAAUUUAUCGGAUAUAUUUUAAUCGGAUGUAGCACAUUAUAGAUCGGAUAUUUAGCUUGAUUGAAAAUAUUUUGUUUUUAUCCGAUCAAGUACAACGUCCGAUUAUAUUGUAUAUAUAUGAAUUUAAACUGAUAAAUAAAUCGCACCUCAUUAUCCGUUCAUAUUUUAUCGAGAAGUAUGUUUCAUCGGAUAAAGACAUCUUUUAUUUCAUCGAAUAGCCCUAAAUUUAUUCAAAAUCAACCGGAUAAAGUGUUUGAACGGUUUUUUUCGAUUAAAACUGCUGGAUAUUUUUUUCAGUGUGUGUGUGUGUGUAAAAACUUUGUUCGUAGAUUGCAAACUGAUGGCUUAUGCAUCAGACAAUAUUGUAUACGACGCGUUACGAAAUGAAUAAGUGAAAAAAAUUUAUAAAUAAUUAUUCUAACUUAUUUUCUCUCUUCCCUAUUCCUUUGCGGUAUAAUGGCGUGUGCAGAACUAGAUAGGAAGUACAUAGAUAAGGUGAGAUGGGUGGGAACAUAUACGUGAUUGGGAGACUAUGAAAGAGGGAACGCAACGGAAAGAGAAAGAGCCGGUAUGAUGAGACUGUAUGGGCACAGUAUACAGUAGCGCAACUCUUUUUAAUAUGUGAAGCCAAUACAACGCGCAUGCGCAAGUUGAGACCCUUCAUAAUGUUUCAAAUGUUUAGAAAUUGACAGCAAUUCUAUAGCUUACAUAUCGGUACUAUCUGAAAAGUUAUUUUAUAUAUUAUAAAAUAUAUGAUAUUUAAAGUGAAAUAAAAUUAAAACAAUAAAGUGAAGUGAAGUGUAGUGAGUAAAAGAAAUAAAGCGAUGUGAAAGUGAUGUGAAUUAAGUGAAGUGAAGUAAAAGGAAAGUGACAUUUACAUAUAUUGCACAGAUUUUUAUUUCUCUUGCAGAAAACACUUUGAUCUUAGCUCUGUUUCAGGUUCAAGAAAAAAACAGAAUUUAGCAAGAAAAUGAGUGGACAAAAUAUUAAAAAAUGUUCAAUAAGAGGUUGUCCUGGAAAUCUGAAACUGGAAAGAAGACAUGUAUUUAGAUUCCCAAAGGAACAUGACAGAUGGUUGCAAUGGAUACGAUCUAGUGGACGACUGGAUUUGGAAGAAAAAGGUCCCGAAUAUUCUUCUAGAAAUUGUCGAUUGUGUUCACUGCAUUUUGAGGAAAAAUGGUUCAAAAUUAGUAACAGAAGAAUUCUUCUUCAUUCUGAUGCCGUUCCUACAAGAUUUGGAAAAGAUUUAGAAUCAUUUUCAAAAACGUAAUGUUAUUUUAGUCACUUUAGAUUAUUAUCUCAUACAUACACAUACACACACACACACACACGCGCGCGCGCAACACCUUUAGCUUACUUUUUAGUUACUUUUAAAUGUCAAAUGAUGUAAGUAUCCAAGCAGAACACAUAUCCAAACUUAGAAUAUAAGAUGUAUUACUGAUUUAAUAAUACAUUAUAUUAUUUGUAAUGUUUUUACAGUAAAGUAGAAGAAAGUAGAACAGAUACAGAAGCAGAAAAAGACAAAGAAAUUGAAGAAACAAUACAACAGCAAACAUGUUCUGCAACAGAAAAAGAAAAUAGAAAAGGAAUUGAUAAAGAAAAUAUUAAUAUAGAAAAGGAAAUAAUGGAUGUUAAGAAGAUGGAUGUUUGUAAGAUGUAAGUCAACAAAAAGUUCAUACAUUUUUAUUUGUUAUAUGUUUAUUUCUUUAAUUGUUAUAUAUUAUAAUGGAUUUUAUGUUUAUUUAGAGCAGAGGUCGGCAAGAAAUGCACUUCUCGGCCGAUUUCAGCAAGCGCCGUCUCCCACCCGUCUCCCACUACUCCUCUUGCCCCGCGUGCCGCGCGCGCUGCCUACGAAUCGUGCGGUUCGUAGGCCGCGUCAGCGGCACGCGGGGCAAGAGGAAUAGUGGGAGGCGGCGCUUGCUGAAAUCGGCCGAGAAGUGCAUUUCUUGCCGACCUCUGAUUUAGAGUACCAAGUACAACAAUGCUAAAACCAACGAUGACAUCGAAGAAAAAAAACAGCCCUACAAAAAAACAGCUACGUACAACCAUAAAGAAGUUGAGAUUAAAACAUAAAAUUCUUCAGCAAAAACUGCGACGUCUUCAAAAAAGAAAA